AUGUCAUCCGAGAAGCAUGAUGUCAAGGAAGCCGGUAAGGACGUUGGAAAGGACGUGAAGGAGACUGCCAAGGAAGUUAAGGCAGCAGCCAAGGAUAAGGCUUCGCGUGCAGCCAAGGAAGCGCAUGGUGCGGUCGAUAAGGCGCAAGAUGAGUUUAAGAAACAGGUUAACAAUGCAGAAGGGAUUCUGAAGCCAUACUGGGACAAGUUUGUGGAAUUUGUGAGCAAUGUUGCCAGCACGACUGCUGGGGCCACGCAGGCAGCUGUUUCUAACGUUGCGUAUGGUACUUCCAAGGCAGCUUCUGUGGUGUUCCACGAGUUGCAGAACCCUGUUGUCGCGGUGAAUGCGAUACUCGGAGCUGCGUCGAUAACCACAAUUUUGAACGGUUACGCACACAAGAAGCGUUUCUUGAAGGACAAGUCGGACCAGGACAUUUGCUUGAUCGUUUCCGGUCUAAGUGCUUUUGUCGCUGCUGAUGCGUAUGUAAGCUACAAGAACUACAAGAAGUUUGAUAAGAAAUGA